CAUAACUGGAAAUUGUUGUGCAAUCGAAGUUGCCAUAGCCACUGAUUACAGCAUGCCUAAGAAGAAAUUCUUUGAGAUGAAAUAUUUUUUUAUCCUCAUUCUUCUGCUCUCUCUGUACGCAUAUGUGGCUCUUUCUGGGGGAUGCAAUGAAGCUGUUUGUGCCUCUAUAGUCAGCAAAUGCAUGUUGACUCAGUCUUGCAAAUGUGAUGCAAAGAAUGUUUCUUGUAGUAGAGAUUGCUUCAUCUGUUUGGAUUAUCUAUAUGCAGAGUGUUGUUCUUGUGUUGAAAUGUGUCCUCAGUCAAAUGAUACAGAUACAUAUUUGAGUAUGAAGUCUCAUGUUGAAGAUUUAGCUGAGCCAUUUCCUGAUCUCUUCAGUGUUCUUACGGAAGAAAAGGACAGAUUAUUACGAUGGACAUCUUUUACUUAUCCUGCUGAAAUUUCAUUCAUUUCACUUGAUAAGGAGGUGAAAUUUGUAACUGCUAAACCAGGGGAAACACCAGAAGAAGUUGCACCACCCAACUGUACAGUAGCUUUUAUGUCUCAGUGCAUGUCAUGGAACAAAUGCAAAAGUGCUUGUUGCUCAAUGGGAGCUUCCAGUUACAGGUGGUUUCAUGAUGGUUGCUGUGAAUGUGUUGGUUCAACUUGCUUGAACUAUGGCAUUAAUGAAAGCAGAUGUUUAGAUUGUCCACCUGAUAAAGAUGAGAUGACUCUUGAAGAACAGAAUCUGGUUUUGAAAGAAACAGAAAAAAAAGAUGGAGAUUUGUCAGAAGAUAAAAAAGAUGGUAGCAAGAAGGAUUCUGCUAUUGAUCGAGAAGACAAGUUUGAUGACAUUCAAAGCAUAGACUCAUAAUUUCAAUACAUGCAAAUGUGCCAUAGUAUUAACUUUGUGACUUCAUAUUCCGUCUAAGUUUUAUAUUUUUAUACUGUACUUUUGUUAUUUUUACAUAAAAAAAUAUUUUUGUAAUAGAAUUAUUUUGAUGUAGGCUAGAAAUUCAAUUUCUGGGAUUCAAUUUUUGGUUUGUCCCUAUCAGUGGUCGGAACGGCAAGAUUAUUUGCAAAUGGCACAUAGAAGAU